UCGGAAGUGAGUAUUUUUCGCGCUGAUUGGGAGAAGAGUUUCCGCAAGCUUUGAUUCAAGUUGAAUGAAAUCGGGGGUUUCAAGAUGAUUCAAACAGACUAUUUUCAAAUUUGAUAACUAUUCGAGAAAUUCAACAGUAGCUGAGUGAGGCUGGAGUUGGAUGGGAUGGACAGUAAGGGAUGGUCUGGGAUGGACAGUACCAGUAAGGGGCGGUCUCUGCCCUCGGUGCCAGAGGCCCUCAACCCAGUCAGCAUGAAGCAGCCAUCUGAGCCCCUGGGGGGGGAGGAUGGGUCGGGUGGGGGUGACCUGGGGGUGGACCCUGCCCUGCUGAUGGACAAGGCAGCUGCCCAGUUGGCCGUGACGCUCCAGGACAGUGUUCUAAACCAGAUGGCCUCUCAUGGUCAUAGUCAUGAGAGGCUGAAGGACCUGACGUCCCGCAUGCUGAACGGAGACCAGGACAAGCUGCCCAAGCUGUGCCCCCCCGAGCCCCCCAUCCUGAAGUGUACUGAAGCCCCCUACUCCCACCCCAGCCCCCAGAGGAAGGGGAAGCCGGCGCGCUUCGAGACGUUCUGUGGAGAGGGGCCCAACCUGCCUACUGAGGACCUCCUGGUUCCAGCCAGUAGGGCGGGGAGGAAGAGGAGACUCAUCAAACCCAAACCUCUGCACAAACUUGCCUCUAACCAUGACCCAGUUCCUGUGGAGGUGUCAGUUGCCAGUCAGCCAGAGGAGGGCACUGCUGCACCACAACAGAUCCAGCAGGCCAGUCCUCUGGUGGAACAGAGACAGGAAGAGGAGCUCCCUGUCAAUACAGUGUUCUCUGUGGGUGAUGUCGUGUGGACCAAGGUGUCAGGAUACCCAUGGUGGCCCUGCAUGGUCUCUACCGACCCAGAACUCAACACACACCUCAAACACAAAGCAAUUAACAGCCAUACGUCUGGCAUCCUAUAUCACGUCCAGUAUUUUGGGAACACCCCGGAGAGGGGCUACAUCUUUCAGAAGAACAUGGCCUCCUUCACAAUGUCAUCACUGUCCUCUGAGCUGUACUGUCAGCCUGAGCUGUACUGUCAGCCUGAGAUGUACUGUCAGCCUGAGCUCUACUGUCAGCCUGAGCUCUACUGUCAGCCUGAGCUCUACUGUCAGCCUGAGCUCUACUGUCAGCCUGAGCUCUACUGUCAGCCUGAGCUCUACUGUCAGCCUGAGCUCUACUGUCAGCCUGAGCUCUACUGUCAGCCUGAGCUCUACUGUCAGCCUGAGCUCUACUGUCAGCCUGAGCUCUACUGUCAGCCUGAGCUCUACUGUCAGCCUGAGCUCUACUGUCCUUUACUAGUAGUUCUGAGUUUUACUGUCCUCUGUCCCCAGAGUACCACUUCUUCCGUACCCAGGAAGCUCCAUGCCCAAUGGGUGGUGGGCAUCACUCAGGCCAAGGAAGCUGCCAGCCUGACCCUGGAGGAACGCCUGGCCAAGUACACCUUUACCUACGAUACUAACGGGCCACACAUCAACCCCCGCCUGCAGGCUGAGCCCGGCUGCGCUGAGCAUGUCCCCGCUGAGCUCGGUCCCGCUGAGCAUGGCCUCGACCUUGGACCAGAGCAGACAAAGGCCCAAACCCCGGACCAGGAGCUAUCCAGGCUGACCCUCCUGUCUCCCAGCCCAACCAAUUCCCAGGCCCAGCCCACCCCCACAGACUGCAGCACUUCACUGGAGAAAAAGAAGAGUGGCAGCCCCAGAACAACAGAUGGAACUGAGAAACAAGGGGAACGGAAGCAGACCACUUCAACACUGAAAAAGGAAACAACUAAGAAGACUAAAGUCCUGGUCUCUCAUAAAGGACAAACAGAGAUGCCCUCUCAGUUUUACCACAAUCUGGCCUCUAACUUGUUUCCAGCUGAGAAGGAUCGUCAGAAGAAGCAGCUGCCUUGUAAACAAGCUCUAGAAAUCGAUGAGGACAAGGACCAACAACCCAAGAAGAAACGCGAAGUUGGUGACAAACAGAAGAACAUGGCUGUGUGUAGGGAGCAUGAGAAGAACAUGGCUGUGUGUAGGGAGCAUGAGAAGAACAUGGCUGUGUGUAGGGAGUAUGAGAAGAACAUGGUUGUGUGUAGGGAGCAUGAGAAGAACAUGGCUGUGUGUAGGGAGCAUGAGAAGAACAUGGCUGUGUGUAGGGAGUAUGAGAAGAACAUGGCUGUGUGUAGGGAGUAUGAGAAGAACAUGGCUGUGUGUAGGGAGUAUGAGAAGAACAUGGCUGUGUGUAGGGAGUAUGAGAAGAACAUGGCUGUUCAAAAUUGGCUGGCUACUCCAUAUGCUUUUGGAAAACACUGCCAGUAUGUUGCCUUUUUAGAUGUCCAUGAUGAUGAUGAUGAGUCGGAUCUUCCUCUCCUAACUCUAACCCCAGGCUGUGUCAGCAGAGUCCUCCGCCCCACGAAGAAGAGAAACGGAAAGAAAACGGAGACACAUGUUAAAGGAUUCACUAGUUCUAAAGAACUAGAGAAGACAAAGCCAAUCAGGAAGAGGAGGCUGGACUCAGCCAGCCAGUUAGCAGCCUCCCAGACCAAAAAGAGGAAGAGAGCAGCAGCCAGUCCUGAGCCAGAGGGCUCUGGCAUUGAGGAGCGUCCAGAGUCCCCCAGUGACAGCAUAGACCAGACCAAUGGGGCCAAGAAGACUAACGGAGGAGGCCCCAAGAAGGAAUCUGUCUGUCAGGUGUGUGAGCAGGCUGGAGAGGACGUGGAGCCAUGUGAGGGUCAGUGCUGUGGGUCCUUUCACCUCUCCUGUCUAGGAUCCACCCUGAAACCAAAGGACAAGCUGCUCUGUCCAGACUGCACCUCAGGGGUGCACCAGUGUUUCAUCUGUAAGCUGUCGGAGGGGGAGGUGCAUCGCUGUAACGUGCAGCACUGUGGGAAGUUCUACCAUGAAGCCUGCGUCCGCCCCAACGCCCUCACGGUUUUCGAUAAGGGCUUCCGCUGCCCCCUCCACUCCUGUCUCAGCUGCCACUCUAGACCCAAGGCUACCAAGGGUAAGCUGAUGCGUUGCCUGCGCUGCCCGGUGGCGUACCAUACAGGAGAGGUGUGUGUUGCGGCUGGCAGUGAGAUGUUGACCCCCACCACCAUCAUCUGCACCAACCAUUUCUCACCCAAGAAGGGCUACAGCCACCACUCUCAUGUCAACGUCAGCUGGUGCUUCGUCUGCUCCAAAGGUGGUCAGCUCCUGUGCUGUGAGUCGUGUCCAGCAGCGUUCCAUCCAGACUGUCUGAACAUAGCCAUGCCGGAUGGCAGCUGGUUCUGUAACGACUGCCGGGCCGGAAAGAAACCCAAAUACAGAGACAUCAUCUGGGUCAAACUGGGCAACUACAGGUGGUGGCCUGCAGAGAUCCAUCACCCUCGGAACAUCCCCACCAACAUCCAGCACCUUCGCCACGAGAUCGGAGAGUUCCCAGUCUUCUUCUUUGGUUCUAAGGACUACUUCUGGACGCACCAGGGCCGAGUUUUCCCCUACAUGGAGGGAGACAGGGGCAGCAGGUUCCAGAAGAAUGGGAUAGGGAAGGUCUUCAAGAACGCGCUGUUGGAGGCGGAGACUCGCUUCAAGGAGAUCAAGAUGGAACGUGAGGAGGCGACCAACCGGAAACCACCUCCGUACAAAUACAUCAAGAUCAACAAGCCCUGUGGCCGUGUGCAGGUCUACACAGCUGACGUGUCGGAGAUCCCCAAGUGUAACUGUAAGCCCACGGAUGAGAAGCCGUGUGGGUUUGAGUCAGAAUGCCUGAACAGGAUGUUGAUGUACGAGUGCCACCCUCAGGUCUGUCCCAACGCAGAGCGAUGCUGCAACCGGGACUUCACCAAAAGACACUACCCAGAGACUAAGAUCAUCAAGACUGCUGGCAAGGGCUGGGGCCUGGUGGCACUACGGGAUAUUAAGAAGGGUGAGUUUGUGAAUGAGUACAUCGGAGAGCUGAUCGAUGAAGAGGAAUGUCGCUCCAGGAUCAAGUACUACCAGGAGAAUGACAUCACUCACUUCUACAUGCUCACCAUCGACAAGGAUCGGAUUAUAGACGCCGGCCCUAAAGGGAACUACUCCCGCUUCAUGAACCACAGCUGCCAGCCCAACUGUGAGACGCAGAAAUGGACGGUGAACGGAGAUACCAGGGUUGGGCUCUUCGCUGUAUGUGACAUCCCUGCUGGGACAGAGCUCACCUUCAACUACAACCUGGAUUGCCUUGGUAACGAGAAGACUGUGUGUCGCUGUGGGGCUCCCAACUGUAGUGGUUUCCUUGGAGACCGGCCAAAGGCCUCCGGUUUCCAGGCCGCGGAGCCCAAGAAAGCCAAGAAGAAAGUGAAGAAGCGUCGGACGCGGAACGAGGGGAAGGAGUCUGAGGACGAGUGUUUCCGCUGUGGAGACGGAGGGCAGCUGGUUCUGUGUGACAAGAAGAGCUGCACCAAGGCCUUCCACCUCUACUGCCUGGACCGCACCAAGAGACCCUUUGGGCGUUGGGACUGCCCGUGGCACCACUGUGACGUGUGUGGGAAGCCAUCUGAGGCCUUCUGCCAGCUGUGCCCCAACUCAUUCUGCAAGAACCACCAGGAGGGGGCACUACGGCCCUGGCUGCACACCGGACAACUCUGCUGCCAGGAGCACGAUGACCCCUGACCUGGAGCGGACUGACUGAUCAGGUGCCUCUAAACGCUCCAAGAGGCAGAGCUGCAGCAGAACAUGACCCAACUCUGCUGCCAGGAGCAUGAUGACCCCUGACCUGGAGCGGACUGACUAGGUGCCUCUAAACGCUCCAAGAGGCAGACCUGCAGCAGAACAUGACCCAACUCCAUAAUAAUGUUUUCAAUAUGACUGACAGCACUGUACGUCUCUCUCAUCAGGGACUUUCUCAACAGCUCAUUCAACCAAUCGGGUCCUUCCACUCAGCUUGUACCUGCUGUGUUUGUCUGUAACUCGUCUGCACUGUGGUAGAAAGCACAAAGACAACAUGGCACCUCGGACAGAUUCAACAUUAGUCUCAUCAUUCCUCUCCCCAGUAGUUUUUUUGUGUGUGUGUGUGUAUAUAUGUGUAUGUAUAUGAAAGACCAAAACGAAAAUACUGGAAUAUUGUUAGUACCAGGUUGAAACUUUUUAUCAUAAGGCACUAUGGAUAAGUCUUGACUUCUGUUUACUAUAGGCAAGUACUGCAUAUUGUUUUCAUUUGAGUAAUGUGAUGCCCACCUGUUCAGAGUUAUUAGAGCUGAAACGCCAUCACGUCGCUGCUGACCUCAAUACCGGAAUAAAGAGGACUGUGGUCCACGAUCUGCUGGAGAAAAGUCUGGAACAUUUACACAUUGUCUAAUGACAGCUGAUUCUAGAUCCCUUAACCUGUCCAGGAAACACAUUGAGGUGUUUAAGAGUGAAUUUAUUUGACAUGACAGAACUGGUCAUAACAAUGAUGCAGCCGUCAAUGGUACAAAAUAUUUUUCUGUAAAAAUAAUUUAUUCCAAGCCCAGCCAUCCUGUCUUUAGUGCAAACACUAAUAAUAAAAGGUGGUUUCAGUCUUAAGCUCUGGGCUGUUUUGCCUUGACAGGUCAUAGAUCAGACCCGCCCUGCUCAUGGGGUUCUAUUCAAACCGUACCGCUGAAGGUCAGUGUUAUUGGAGGCAGCAUUUGUCCACUCAAUCAGAAAUUCUUUAAACGUCGAUCCCACCAAUCAGCGAUCGCUUAGACAUUGUCAGGAAGGUUAGUGUUUAUCUAGUUCAAUACCCAAACACCUCCACAGCAUCAGCCCCUGUUGGUUCAAGGGUUUCUAGAAAUAUUAUUCUGACUCAUUGUAUGGUUUCAGGUUAAAUUUCCAUUCAUUUUCUACUAAUCAUUAAUGCUUGACCAUUCUUUUGCAAGUGCUAUAAUGUGAUUUCCAAACUACAAAUUAAAUACAUGGCUUAUGCUUCAACAAAAA